UUAGCAGAGGACUUUAGAGAACUAAUGGCUCAAUGGUGUCAAACAGAGUACGAGAACAGAGAUGAGGCUACCAAAGGGGAUGAGGCUACUCGGAAACAAUUUCAUGCCUUUGUGCUCUUCUUAGCAGAACUUUAUCUUAACCUAGAGAUUAAAGGAGCAAAGGGACAGGUAACAAGAGCAGAAAUUCUUCAAGAAGGCCUUCGGGAACUACUAAACGCACUCUUCUCUAAUCCCGUGGACAGUAAUUUGAUAUGUGCAGUGAAACUGUUGAAGUUGACAGGCUCAGUUUUAGAAGAUGCCUGGAAAGAAAAAGGAAAGAAUGAUAUGGAAGAAAUUAUUCUUGGAAUUGAAAAUGUUGUGUUGGAUGCAAACUGUAGCAGGGAUGUGAAACACAUGCUUCUGAAACUAGUAGAACUGCGAUCAAGUAACUGGGGUAGAGUUCAUGGAAAUUCCUCAUAUGCAGAGGCUACCCCUGAAAAUGACCCAAACUAUUUUAUGAAUGAGCCAACAUUUUACACUUCUGAUGGCAUUCCUUUUACUGCAGCAGAUCCAGAUUACCAAGAAAAAUACCAAGAGCUCCUUGAAAGAGAGGAUUUGUUUCCAGAUCAUGAAGAAGAUGAAACAGAUCUAUCAGGAGCUGGAUAUCUGUAUUUUGAUGACAUAGAUGAUGAAAUGGAUCCAGAAAUUGAAGAAGCAUUUGAAAAAUUCUGUUUAGAAUCAGAACGUAAGAAAAAACAAUGAGAUGUCACACGCUAAUGUUAGUUUUCUAAGCCAGUUUAGGUAUGGUUAGAAUACAGGGGAACACAAAACAUUUAUACCAAAAUAAGGCACUUGAAUUUCUCCAAGUAGUAAAGUUACACAGUUCCGAUUCAGUUAACAGUCUGCCAAAAAUUGUAAACUUAUGCCCUGUAACUUAAAAUGUUGUGUAUAUAUAAUAGUUUAUCUUAUGUACAGGCAUAUGAGCAAUGUUUUGGCUGCAAUAAAAAUAUCAGAUUAUCAUAACUGAAAUGAAAAUUUCAUGGGGAACUGUCCCAUAAAAUUUCCCUUG